GUUUUCGGUCUGAGUUUGAGAGCAGAAAAGUCGGGGUUGAGAUUUCUUUCUUUCUGGACAUCCCCUCCACAAUCGUUCGCACUCGUUACGAAUUGCGUUUUACGCCGCGCGCCGACACCACAACCACCCCAAAAUGGCGCCAAAGCGGAAGGUGGACGAUGAUUUCGUCAUGACGCUUUCGGAUGAUGAGAAUGAUACGUUGAAUCAGAUUGAGGAAGAGGAGGAGGGUGAUGAAUUCGCUUCGAAAAAGAAUCAGAAGAAUAACAAGAAGGAUUCUACUGCUACUGCUGCUGCUGCUGCUGCUGCUGCUGCUGCUACGAAAAAGCGCAAGAGGGAGGAGCUGGUUGAUAAUAAGAAUAAGAAGGCGAAGAAGGGUGCGAAGAAGUUGGCUGUGCCCGAGGCAGAGGCAGAGGAGGACAGUGAGGAUGAGGAUGAGGAGAAUGCGGCUGAGGAUGAUGGGGCGCUGAACUCGGAUUUCGAGUUUGAUGUUGGUGGCGUUGCGAAUGAGGUUACGGAGUUUGAUGGGUGGGCUCAGAAUAUGCCGGAUGAUGAAGCGGGUAGGAGAAAUGGGGAUAAGAAGGCCGUGGAUAUUGAUGAUAUCAUUGAGAGGAGGCAGGCGAAGAAGGAUGCUGCUGCUGCUAAGAAGAAGUCAAAGAAACAGCAGGCGGCUGAGGAGCUGGAUAGUGAUGAGGAGGAGGAGGAGGAGUCGGAUGGCGGGAUGUCUGUUGAUUUUGGGGAUGAUGAGUUGUUGGCGGAGGAUGGGUUCGGUAUGGGUGCUGAUGGUGAGGAUGAGAGUGGGAAUGAGGGUGCCGAGGAGGAUGAGGAUGAUGCUGAUGAGGAGGAUGAAGAGGCUGAUAAGGACUCGGACGACUCCGACGACGACUCCUCUGUCGCGACGCCUGUCGCGCACCCGGACGACGUGGGCGCUGAGGAGGAUUCCGACGCCGAGAGCGAGGUCGACGCCGAAGAAGCGGCCAAGCGCAAGGCUUUCUUCGCCCCCGAGGAGAAGACCGAGACCUCUGCCGCCGAUGCGAAGCGCUCCUUCCAGGACUUCAACCUUUCGCGACCGAUCCUCCGUGGUUUGGCCGCGGUCAACUUCACCAACCCGACCCCCAUUCAACAGAAAACUAUCCCCGUUGCGCUCAUGGGCAAGGAUAUCGUCGGUAGUGCCGUCACUGGUUCCGGUAAGACGGCUGCCUUCGUCGUCCCCAUUCUCGAACGUCUGCUGUUCCGGCCGCGCAAGGUCCCCACGAGCCGUGUCGCUAUCCUGAUGCCCACGCGUGAAUUGGCGGUCCAAUGUUACAAUGUGGCUACCAAGCUGGCGACCUACACCGAUAUCACCUUCUGUCAGCUGGUCGGUGGUUUCAGCCUGCGGGAGCAGGAGAAUAUCCUGAAGAAGCGGCCCGAUGUGAUCAUCGCUACCCCCGGUCGUUUCAUCGAUCACAUGCGCAACUCGGCCAGCUUCACGGUCGAUACCUUGGAGAUUCUGGUUCUGGAUGAAGCCGAUCGCAUGCUCGAGGACGGUUUCGCCGACGAAUUGAACGAGAUCCUGACCACCAUCCCCAAGUCCCGCCAGACCAUGCUCUUCUCCGCUACGAUGACCGACACCGUCGACAAGCUGAUCCGCGUUGGUCUGAACCGCCCCGUGCGCCUGAUGGUCGACUCGAAGAAGAACACGGCUUUGACGCUCACCCAGGAGUUCGUGCGUCUCCGCCCCGGUCGGGAGGACAAGCGUCUGGGCUACCUGCUGUACCUGUGCAAGGAAAUCUACACUGGGCGGGUGAUUGUUUUCUUCCGUCAAAAGAAGGAAGCUCACCGCGUCCGCAUCGUCUUUGGUCUGCUCGGACUUAAGGCUGCCGAGCUGCACGGUAGCAUGAGCCAAGAACAGCGUAUCAAAAGCGUGGAGAGCUUCCGUGACGGCAAGGCUGCCUUCCUCCUGGCCACGGACCUGGCGUCUCGUGGUUUGGAUAUCAAGGGCGUGGAGACGGUCAUCAACUACGAAGCGCCGCAGAGCCACGAGAUCUACCUUCACCGUGUCGGUCGUACUGCUCGUGCGGGCCGGUCGGGUCAGGCCUGCACGAUCGCGGCCGAGCCAGACCGCAAGGUGGUGAAGGCCGCCGUCAAGGCCGGUAAGGCUCAAGGCGCCAAGAUCGCCAGCCGAGUGAUCGACCCUGCCGUUGCCGACUCGUGGGCGGCCAAGGUCGAGGACUUGGCCGACGAGAUCGAGGAGGUGCUGGAAGAGGAGAAGAUGGAGAAGCAGCUGGCGCAAGCUGAGAUGCAUGUGACCAAGGGAGAGAACCUGAUCAAGCACGAGGCGGAGAUCAAGUCCCGGCCCAAGCGGACGUGGUUCGAGACGGAGAAGGACAAGCGUGCCGCCCGGAAGCUGGGCGCGGAGGCUCUAAACGGACCUCAAUCCAAGAAGGAGAAGAUGAAGCUGAGCAACAAGGACAAGAAGCGACUGGACGACAGCCGACAGCGUCAUGAGGGAAAUGCCGGAUGGAAGAAGGGCAAGGCCACGCGCGAGACGCAGAAGAAUGGACGCGUGCCGGAGAAGAAGAGCAAGAAGGGGAAGAAAUGAGGGUAGAUGAUGACUGAGCCUGUUGGAGUGUAUAUACCUUAUCAGUUUCCUUUUUUUUUCCACACCCGCCA